UUUUUUGUUCAGCUCGAUAUCUUCAGUUCAUUAUAGUAUGUUACUUUUUUAGAUUAGACCUUCACCUGCUGGGAGGGGAAAAAUUGUGACACGUCUUUGAUUUCAUAACUGCAGUAAUUAAUGCAGAAUUUGAACCUGGAUGUCAGUCACGUGGACAGGCUUUGCUUUCCUGCAUGCAGAGGGAGACAGGGAUGAAGGAUGCCGCGGCCGAGCUUCUGGGUCACAGGGAGGCAUUGAAAUGCAGGCUGGGGGGCGGCGGAACUGACCCGGGCCACCCCGGAGAACUCGCCCCGGUCUCCGAUGCAGUGGAAGGGGCCACCCUUCUCCCCGGAGACGAUAUCAACAGUGCUGGAUCCAAUCCGCCGGGUGUAGCGGUGAACAGUAAGGAACAGGAGAAGCAACAGCAGCAGCAACAGAACCCCACCCAGUCCGGCGGCCAGCAGAGUCAGAAACAGAAACGGCACCGGACUCGCUUUACUCCGGCUCAGCUUAACGAGCUGGAGCGCAGCUUCGCCAAAACUCACUAUCCGGACAUCUUCAUGCGCGAGGAGCUCGCCCUCCGGAUCGCCCUGACGGAAUCACGCGUGCAGGUUUGGUUUCAGAACCGACGCGCCAAAUGGAAGAAGCGCAAGAAGACCACCAACGUGUUUCGCUCACCGGGCACAUUGCUGCCUACUCACCACGGCCUACCGCAGUUCCCCUCCGCCAUGGGCGACAGCCUGUGCUCCUUUCACGCUAAUGACACCCGCUGGGCGGCGGCCGGGAUGCCGGGAGUCUCCCAGCUGCAGUUACCGCCCGCCCUAGGCCGACAACAAGCCAUGGCACAGUCUCUAUCCCAGUGCAGCCUGGGCGCCGGACCGCCACACAACUCCAUGAGCCUGUCCAACAUGUCCUCCAACGGUUCCGGCCUCCAGUCCCACCUCUACCAACCCACUUUCCCCGGUAUGGUGCCCGCGUCGCUCUCUGGUCCCACCAACGUGACCGGCUCGCCUCAGCUGUGUAGCUCCCCGGACACUGACGUCUGGAGAGGGACGAGCAUCGCGUCCCUCCGCCGCAAAGCGCUCGAGCACACAGUGUCCAUGAGUUUCACCUAAUACUUUGACGUGGUUCACCUCCUGUUUCUCGUCCACCCAUCAUUACUGGCCCAGUGACGCACACGGAAGUCAAAGGAUACGACUGUCCUCUAGUAAACAUGAACUGUGCGCACCUGAUGGAAAUAAAACCUAAAGCAUCAUAGGCUGAAAAAAAACCGAAAUGUAUUUAUUUAUUAUGUCCUAUUUAUUUAAUAAUUGAAUUUUUAUUUAUUAGCACUUUCGUUUUGCAAAUUCAAAAAUGUCAACAAACUGGACAGAAAACAAUCUGCACAUUUGCAAUUUGAGAAACAAGGCGAGAGACGGUGCACUCGUUUUUAUUAUUAUUAUCAUCAUCAUUAUUAUUAUGGAAGAAAUCGUUCAAAAUUUAGGACUGUUUUAUGAAUCGGUGGAGGAGAGAAAGGAAAAUAUCUCAAAAAGAAUUAAGAUUCUUGACUGCAUGUGCCGACCAAGGUAAACAACAACACAACAUCGGGGAGAUGUCAUUUAAGCGAGAAGUAUGAAUUUGUUAUAUGCUGUUAUAUAGGAUGUUUUGUGUAGAUAAAGCAUUCUUAACUUGUUCCCAUUCGGUCAGUUUGUGAUAUGUUCUAAGUUCAUGUAUGUGCUUAUACCAAUAUAAAUUUCUUAAAUGUUUGAUCUUCUUAACGGCUGUUUUG